AUACCAUGCUCAGAUACAUAUUGUAGCAUCAAGAGCUUCACAGUAUUCGUAUUUUCAUAUGUCAUUAUUCUCCACACUAAAGAUUUGCAGUUGAAAAUCAGUUUAGCUGCAGUUGGCUAACGUUAACAGCGGCAGUGUGUGUUGGACGCGUGGGCGUGGUGCCUCUAAUAUUAUUGUUGUUAGUCAGUCUUCAUACAACAAAUAGAAAGUGAGUUCUGUGUGCGCCGUGUUUGUGGUUGAAUAAUGGCGGAGCGGACCAAAGUGACGGCCCUGGCUAACCGGCCUGUGCCAAUGAAAUUAUUUGCUACUUGGGAAGUUGAUCGUACACCUCCUAAUUGUAUACCAAGGUUAUGCACAUUGACAUUGACGAGACUUGUGACACUCCGGCCUUUGGGUGCUGAUUUAGCUUCUAUCAGUAUUGCCGUAAAAAUGCAAAGUUCGAAGAGAACAUUGCGUUCUAAUGAAAUGUCAAUACCAUCUGGUGGAAUGCUUGACACAGAACUAGAAUUACAAUUUGCUCUGCAAUAUCCACAUUUUCUCAAGAGAGAUGGCAAUAAACUGCUAAUUCUAUUGCAGAGGAGAAAAAGAUAUAAAAAUCGAACGAUGCUAGGAUUCAAGACCCUGGCUGAGGGUGUUAUUAACAUGGCACAGGUAUUGCAGAAACAAAUGGAUCUUGAAUUAGAACUUGUCUCUGAUAAAGCAGAAAAAUAUGGUGGAUCAUCAGUGGUAUUAGCUAAAAUCAGUGUAGUUGCACUUUGCUCGCAGCCAGUUGAUCAGGAUAAAAGACUGAUAAAUGAUGCAAGUGAACGACUGUGUCCUGAGUACAGUGACGAUGAGGAAGAAUUUAGUUCAGAGGCUGAAGUUGAAGGUAGUGAUUCUGAACCCACGCUCGAGGUACACCGACGAAAAAGUCGCUCGAAAAUGCCUGCUAAUGCAAGGCAAAGAAAUUUAAAGCAAAAAUUUAUUGCUCUAUUAAAACGAUUUAGAGUAUCAGAGGAAUUGGAACAUGAUCAAGAGGAAAUUGGUCAAAAGUUAUCAGGCGGAGAUAUGGAAAUUGAAGAACUUUUUGAUGAGUUGGAAGAUUUAUCGGACAGUGGUCCAGAAUUAGACACAAUGUCUGUGAGUAGUACACCAAAACCUUCUCUCCGACCAUUCUUCAGUUCUAGUCGAUCUCUCUUGGCGCCUUCCAACUCAGUAGUUACCAAGGAGGAGAGUGGAACGAACUCAACGCAAAUUACUACAGUAUCACAGCCAACAACUGGACAGUCUAUUAAAGAGAAGUCACGUGUUGGACACACUACACCAGAAAGAUGUGCCGAUAGACAGAGUGAUGACAGCUCAAGACGUGCAGACAGUGACUCACAUCCAGAAAAUUGGACGGAUUAUGAGGCAUACGAUGGGCCAAGCGCAGUGACAGGUUCGCCUCCAAAGUCUGAAGGACAGCAUGUUAGCAAAAACGAAAAUAAUGAUAGAAAAGGUCGGCUUUUUGCCAGGGAUCGAGGAACCCCAGGGGGUAACAAGUCUAAAAAGCAUAGUCUCAGUGUUGAUCUAAAACCUCCGAUGGAAUUGAAUAGUUUGGAACCGAGAAAGGCAUUGGUAGAGCAGUUGGUACGAGUUUUGCCAGACGACUGUCUGCCGGAAUCUAUAGCUAUUGUGUCAUUGGCAGAUGCAGGUGGUGCUGUGCUUGCAGCUCGUCUUCAAGAGCGUCAUAUCAGGGUAUUAACUAGUGCAUCACCUGCAGACAUUCGUGCAACAUUUACCUGUCUGAUGGCGAGAAUACAAAAGUUCUGCAACAGUUCUGCAAAACCACCAUCUCCAAUAAGAAUAGUCAUUGCUGGUGGUGAUGGAUUUGUUAAUGCUAUAUUGAAACACUAUGUUGAUCUUUUGAGUUUUCGACCACCAGAUUGGCAAAAUUAUUUGAGAUUUUUAAUUGUGCCACUGGGAUCAAAUACAUUAUCCAAAUAUCUAGCAUCUGUUGACAACAAGUACUCUAUGUUAUUCGGUGAUGAAUGGAAGGAACUAUUAGAGCGCGACGUCGGAGGGGCUGCGGAAGGAGCAGCUAGAGUUUCUGAGUAUCUUGCUAAUGUGGGCCCGACGCUCUUAUUACCAAUUGCUGAAGCAAUGGUAACAUAUAGAGAGACAGAUGACAGUAGUCAAAUAUUCAUUCCAUUUGUUAAUGACGUACGUGUUGGUUGCCCUGAAAGCAGUGCUUCAGCUUCAGUUGAUCUUGACGAAGGUGGAAUUGCAAUGUCUGGUUCUCCACCUUCUUUACCGCCCAUGUGCCUUUCAAUUGUGCCACCUCCUGGAAGAUUAACGCCACCCAGUAGUCCAAAUGUGAGCCAGCCACGUGAUGGGUGGGAACCAGUUGAAUUACAGUUGGAUUACUGGAGCAAGUCUACUUUAGGAGACAAAGGAAAAUGUACGUUGCGACAGGCCUUUCGUGCACUUCACGUUCAAAGGUUACCAAAUGUGGGAGAAAAUCCUGGACAAUAUCUGUCAAUGAAUUACACAACUAAAGAGAAGAAACAAAAAAUCAUGCGAUUGGGCAAGAAGAAAGAAAAAGAGAAAGAAAAUGAGCCAAAGAAUCAAACAGUGGAUGGUGUCACUAGAUUAAUUUGUUCGGCAAAAACCCAUAUUCCUUUGAGAGUGACAAUCGAUGGAACUGAGUGGUAUGGAGUUAAAUUCUUCCAACUCUCAGCACAAUGGCAGACGCAUAUUAAAAACUUUCCAGUUUCCAUGUUAGUUUACAGUCAACAACAAACUACUAAUUUUACGUAAAAGAAAAUUUCCGAAACUUCGUAUAUUGAAAAGCACAAAGAGAAACAUAAUUAUUUCAUUAACUUAUUUAGAGUUUAGAAAUAUUUGUUACAUAAUUGGUAUACGAAGGCCCAGGCUGAUAAAUUAAGAAACGUUGCAUCGUUCAUUCAUUGCGUUACGGUAUAUAAGUAUUUAUGAGUGGUUAUUAUUUAUGCUUCGUUCCUGUUUCUUUCAAAGCAUUCAAUCUAAUACUUUGCUUUAAAUUUUUUGUCAAAUAAAUUAAUGGAAUAAAAUAGUUUCGUAAAUGGUCGAAUUUCUUUCUCUCUCUCUUUGUGUGACGUCACAAUUUCAACACAAUCGAUCUUGAAUUACGAAAAAUAUACUUAUGCGUGGAUGCAAAUUUAGAAGAAGGAGUAAAAGGAAUUUUUUUACGGAUCAACGUUAACUAUAGAAAUGGAAAACAAAAAAUUAUUGAAACCAUAACAUAUUACCGAUAAAUACUGGCUAUGUAUAAUUUGAGAUUACCGCGGAAAUAUUAUUAAAAUAUAAUAUUUAAUCUCUGUUCACAUUUUUAAUCAAUUCUUAAGUAGUUGAACCUCCUAUUGCUUCUUGUUGAAUUAAACAUGCGCUUAUUUUAGGUUCAUAAAUCAUAUUGAAUUUUAAUUUUUCUCAAUCAAUUUUUACAUCUAAAAUUCCCAUGAGUACAAUCGUACUAUAUGUAAUUUUGCGAAUAUUGCUACUGAACUUUGUUUUCACCAUGUAGGUGGCUAUAACGCCGCAAUUGAUUCUAGUCCUCAAUGAAAACUGUCAAUUUUUCAUGUAAUUAUAAAUUAAUUAAUUUGCGCUAUUCUGUUAUUUUCCUAGAUCUCCGCAUUUAAUUUGAAAAUUAUUUCGAGUGUAUUACAUUGACCGGGUACAGGUUUUUUUUGAGUUGCUAAUGCCUAUCUUACUACUGCAGAUACGAUUUUAUUUGCGCAUUAGCUCCAUUGUCGAGGGAUGAAGUUUAGUAAUAGAAGUAUUAUGAAGAUUAAUAAUAAAUGGCGAUGAGAGGCAGACCCAUUUCACUGCUUACAAUAAUUAACGACUUGUCUCGUGAAUGACUAUGUGUAUACAAGGACUUCAAAUUGUUCGCACUAUAACAUGUCUUUUCUGUGCUUAUAAGGAGGAACUGACAAAGUAUCUUUGCGUUUUUGCAAAAUUAGGAGUUCAAUUAAAAUGGCUUGGCUAUGGUAAACCAAUUUCGGUCAAUUCAUAAUCAACAUUAUCCUUAAAAAAUUUAUUCCUCAACUAGUGUCAUAUUAGAAAUUGUAAUAAGCGAUGACCCAUGAUUGCGUCUUGAAACUCCUGAUAGCGAAGCGAUCCAUAAAAUCGAUCAAUAUAUUUUAAUCAUCAUGCACUUCAUGCUUAGUUUUCACAAUCUGAUUUUUUAUGUUUUAUUGUUAUUAUUUUUAAAAGUAUAUACGCCGCAGACUAAAUUAGCCCAAUUGUACAAUAAAAAAAUUAUGUAAAUGACAUGGUCGCAAUUGUAUUAUUUGAAAAUCAUUAAAAGGAAAAAAAAUACAGGCUAUUACGUUGGAUAAGAUUUCAAUGGAUGCCUCUGCGACUAGUGACUUUCAAGUUUCAUCAUUAUUACGAUUCAAAUUAAAAAUCAAACUUGCAUAUCACGGGAAUAUUAAUCAAUUACACUCUUAUUACAUAAAAGAACAUUUGUGCAAAUUUCAACAUUACUAUGCGUGGAAAUAAUGAAAAUAACAUGUCGCUGUAAACAAUAUAUGCGGUAGUAGAAAACAUUACUUGCCAAAUAUCGGUGGAGAAUUCUCGAUAGAAUUUAAGAACAGGAACAAAUUUACUUCAACUCCUUAUUGUUUGUAUGAGUAAGAAAAGAAGAUAUUGGAUAUCUAAAGGUGAUACGUACUUUUAAAUGCGUAAUAUUUAAAUGUCAAAUAUUAUUUCUUUAUAGUUGAAUGAGGUCCUAUCGCAAACAGUCUCCUGAGCUUAUGGCUACACUUCAUGACUAUUUUUCAUUGCAAUAUGUAAAGUUUUGUCUCUGUUUUUCAUGAACAAGUACAUAUUAUGUCACCAUUCGACUUAAAAUAUAUAAGUUUAAUAAAAAAAAAGCUCAGGUUACCUAUAAAGGCAAUUAGAAAUAAAUUAGCCUAUUGAUUAUUAAAGUAACCAAAAGGAAUUGUUAUUAAAUACGGUCUAUUCUAGAGGAAAUAAUAUCAAUACUGUUAAUUGAGGGGUAAUUGCAUAAACAUAUGAAAAAACAAACGAAGACUGUGAAGUUGGAUGGAAAAAAGUUGAUGGAGGGAAAAUUAAUAAUUCAUAUUAAUGUUUUUGAGCUUGAAAUAUAAAUGUGAUGCAUUUUUCAAUUCUGCUGUAAAUAUCAUCUAAUAGAAUAAAUGAUUGUAUUAUUGCAA